CCCAAAUCUUUGCAAGCACCUCCAAUGUUUCAGUCGUCGUAGAUCUUGGCAAUCCACGUAGCUUGAUGGCUUCCACCCGCUCGGACCACUGUCGUUCCAGCCGUAUGCAUGAUAUUGGAUGUUGCCAAAAUCUUGCAUGGCGCCAAUUUGUACCGCGACAAUCGUGCAAAUCCUAGGCUGUCCCCAUUGGACACCCCCAAAAUCUCUUUGCAUUUUGUAGCUCUGAGCGGAGAGCAUCGAGUAAGCUAUAGCACUAGCGAAUGUCUUCCUGCUCUGCCUUCGCGAGAUGAUGAUGAUUGGUUCGUCCCAAAAUCCUCAUCGCCUGUCUUCCAAAUAUAAGCCCGAUCGCGGUCUCUCGAAGAGGUUCCGAACGAUGGUGCCUUCUCUUUGAUCAUCCUCAAGAGUCAUAACACUUCUCCGCUCAAACCUCGCAACCCAUGGCGUUGUCCAUAGAAGCUCUGAUCGGUAUCAUGACCCUCCUGGUCACCUGUCCUCCAUCCGUUCUGGUUGUUUGGCGGCUCUUCAAGCGUCGACGGCAAAAUAGCGAAACCCUAGCAGGCAUUCGGCAGCUGCACAGACGCCAAACAUUCGCGUUCACGCGCGGUCAAACAAUCACGAUCGACAACAUAGAGACGCUCAUCGAGGCGGGUACAUUGGGCCAAUUGACCGGUUUGAUGAUCGAUUAAGUCCGCUUGCACAUGGAAUGAACAACACACGAGGAGAAAUAGGGUCAUGCUAGGUAGUGGGUGGUCCCGUCGGUUGUCGACAUUUAGCAUGCUUCGUUGGCGUGCUGGAUGUGUUGGACUGGUGGUGAGCUUCAUGUAUUGUGAAUCAAUGUCAGCAGGCGUCUAAGAGUGUAGAGUCAACACACGCACCUCUGAAAGUUGAAUAGCAUGAUUCUACGCUCUCGUAGCUCUAUGAUAGGUGCCCACGUUUUGGAGGCGGUAUUGUUUCGACGCAUCCGGAAAAUCGAAGACAUGAGACGUCGUGGACUUGAACC